AUGGAUCUUCGCCAGCUACAUUCAAGUCAAAAAGAAGCUAUGAAGAAAAUUAUGGAAUUUUCUGGAGAAUCUAAUGAACUUGAUAUUGAUGAAUGGUUAACUGAUUUAACCAAUUUAUUUGGAUUAAUGAAAUUAAAAGAUGAAACAAAAAUUCUCGAAACUAUGGGUAAAUUAACAGGAUCAGCUUUACGAUGGUAUCAAGAAAAUUUAGGAUCAUUUACUAAAUGGGAAGAUGCUGAAAAAGCAUUAAGAGAUCGAUUUAAAGAAUUUACAUCAUAUAGUCAAUUGAUGCAAGAUUUUAUUCAGAUCCAGCAAGAAGAAAAUCAAUCAGUAACAUCUUUUUAUGAACAUGUUAUGCGAAAAUAUAAGAAAGCUAAACAAUAUAUUACUGAACAACAAGUAAUUACAGUAUUACAAACUGGUGUCAAAAAUUCAAUGAAAGAAUAUUUAAUUCGAAAUGAAAAGAAUAUUAAUGAUCCUGAAGAAUGGUUACAAUAUGCACGAGAAGAAGAACAUAUACAGAAACGAAUUCAACAACAGCGUAGUAAUAUGGGUUUGGAAACAACAACAACAACACAACCUUUCUUUGAUCCAGUUAUGUCCGUGAGAACAUUUCAACCAACAUCAUCAAAUAAUCAAUCAUCAAACCGAUAUACAUCAACAACAAAGUACCACCAUAAACAAUAUAAUCGUCCGGAAAAUAAUGGUACAUAUUCAACACAAAAUAAUAAUCAAGAUGUUAGAACAACACGGAAAAAUGAUUGGAAUAAUACAACAUCCAAACCUAAUCCAUGUUUAAUAUGCAAUCGAACUAAUCAUCCAACAAUUAAAUGUUAUUACAAGAAAGAAAAAGGCUGGGGGUCGGAUGAUGGCGACGAUCCCCGUGGAGUUCAACAGUCAUCUAUUGAAACAACAUAUAAUCCAAUUUUCGUCAAACUUUUAUGCAACAAUACUCCACAAGAAGCACUUAUAGAUACUGGAUCGGCCAUCACAUUAAUACACAAAUGCUUAUUAAACAAAAUUUCACAUGACAAAUUCAUACCAAGAAUAAAAAAUCAUUUAUCAGCAAGCUGUUCAACAAUAGAUAUUAUUGGUGAAGUAACUCUAUGUAUAAAUAUUAAUGGAAUAAUUACUCUAGUAGUUGCUGAUGUAGCAACAAAUCUAGUAACCAAUUUAAUACUUGGAAGUGACUGGAUUCAAUCAAAUAAUGUUUACAUUCUGACUCCAGAAAAACGAAUCAUGAUUCGACGGCAAGGUAGAGAAGUAUCAACUCCUUUUAUUGAUCCACCACUUUUAAAUUAUCCUGUUACUCUUAUCAAUCAUAUUACUAUUCUUCCUUUUUCAGAACAAGUGGUAGAAGCAAAACUUCGACAAGAAGAAAUGAUGAACGUAUUAUUUGAACCCAAUCCUCGAUUAAAAAAGAAGGCAUUAUUUACAGCAUGUACACUCCUCAACAUACAAGAUGGAAAAGUACGCAUGAGCAUCAUCAAUGCAACCAACCGACAGCAGACACUGUCAGAAGGAACCAACAUGGGUAUGGUGACACAAUUAGCAACAUCAGUCAAUUUUAUUAUUCCACAAGAUCAUUCAGUUCAACGCAUUCCGAAAGGAAAAGCGUGUAUGGAGCUCAUCCCAGAAGGGAAAAGAGCGAAUAUAAACGAUGGAAUAAAUUUCAUUAGUGCUAUUAACAGAUCAUACCAGCAAAAUCAACAUCAAUGUCGAGAAUGUCAACAAUAUUUUCAGACUGGCAAUGAGUUAUUCAAACAUCUCAGGGAUACAUGUUAUCCUGAUGAAAUACGGAAACAAAUAGAAAACUUAGUUGCACAUAUCAAGGAUAACACGCAACAAGAACAAUUGAAACACAUUCUUUGGAAAUAUGGAAAGUUAUUUGAUACCAGUCAACCAUCAAAAAUCGAUAUAGUAUUGAAGAAUGCUAUUGAUACUGGUACACAUCGACCUGUUCACACUCCACCUUAUCGAAAAUCAACCAAAGACCAAGAAGUUUUAACGAAUGAAACACAAAAAUUAUUAAAAAAUGAUCUCAUUGAACACUCCACAUCUCCUUGGUCUUCACCGGUUGUACUGGUGAAAAAGAAAGAUGGAACAACAAGAUUUUGUGUUGAUUACCGUCGAUUAAAUCAAAUAACAACAAAGGAUGCUUUUCCAUUGCCAAGAAUUGAUGAUAUCUAUGAUCAAUUAACCAAAACCAAGUACUUCACGAAACUCGAUUUCAAAGCAGGGUACUUUCAAGUACCAUUAGACGAGGCAGAUCGACCAAAAACUGCAUUCUCCACUAGAGAUGGUCAUUAUCAAUUCAAGGUGUUACCACAAGGAUUAACCAAUGGACCACCAACCUUUCAACGAAUUGUUAAUCAAAUAUUAGGUCCAAAUCGAUGGAAACAUAUGCUGGCAUACAUUGAUGAUAUUAUUGUAUAUUCGAGAAAUUUUAAUGAACAUUUAAAACAUAUUGAAGAAGUAUGUUCUUUAUUACAAUCCGCAAAUUUUAAAUUAAACAUAACAAAAUGUGAAAUCGCAAAAAAUGAAAUAUUAUUUCUUGGUCAUCUCAUUCAAGAUGGAACUAUUAAACCAGAUCCAGAAAAUACUCGUGGUCUAGCUGAAACCAGAGAACCAACAUCAGCUGAAGAAGCAUUUAGAUUCGUCAAAGCAGCUGAAUAUUAUCGAAAAUUUAUUCCAAAGUUUUCAUUCAUUGCUGCACCACUACACAAAUUAUCACCAACAACAUUACAACAACAACAAAAUACAUUAACAAAACAACAAAAAAAAAAUUUAAAACUUAAAGGGAAACAACAAAACCUUCCACAAUUUCAAUUAAAAAUAAAGCGGCCCAUAUACUACCGCUACGACUACCGAAAAAUUCGAUCUCAAUUGCUUGACGAUAAAAUAUACACAAGCAAACAAAUAACAAUUGAUCGAAAAUAUAGUGAAGUCGUUAUUGGCUUUAAAACACAAGAACGAUUUCAAUAUGCAACGAAAAUAAUGAGAAUUAAUUAUUUUUCAAAAGAAAGUUACAAUAAUAGAUGGUAA